AAAACGUAUGAGCUAGGGGUGCUGGCUAAAGACAAAGGUUCACCACCGCUGACCAGUACCGUGACGUCCGUACGCAUUGAUACCAUUGAAGCGGACGAGGUGAUGGUUGAAAUAGAGCUAGAAAUUUCUCCGGAAGAGUUCGAAGCGAGACGUGAGCAGUUUGAGGAGGAGCUUUCAAGAUACUUAGGUGCUGAUGUUAGUAUAGCAGAUUACACGGUCCUUGGGGAGGCAGAAGCGCGGAGGAGGAAGAGGGAGACUAAAAAACGGUAAGAAAGGUAACUAAUGGAGAGGAGAAGUGUGACGUCACGUUACCAUGGUAGCACUAUUUCUGGAUGACAACAGAACCAACGACGACGGCGACGGCAAGGAGAGCGGCAAAAUAAUGUGUUUAUAACUGACAAUAACGUUGCACGUGCAUCACGCUAUUUUGUACAUUUCUUUGGCGUCGCACUAUGGCAUGAAACUUCCUAAUUUCACGAGCCCGCUUUAUGGAGCAGGAGAACACAACAAAAAAAUUGUCGACUUCUUUUUCUAAACUUAGAGAACGAUAGAUACGGUCCCGAGGAAAAUUUUCGCAAGAUUUGCCAAGUUGAAUGAAAUUGAAUGAGAUCGGUGAAGUUUGAAAUAGUGCGAAUAGACUUUUACCAAGGAGCCUAAAAGUGUUACCUCCUUUAAUUAGUUAACAUUCUUUCAUGCAGACAUAAACCAAUCAGAAGUCGAGGACAGUUUCCAGCUGGCUUCUGAUUGGACAAAAUCUGCACGAAAGAAUGUGAAUAAAUUAAAAGCGGUCACACUUUUGGGCUCCUUGCUGUAAGUGACUUUUUCGGUUUGCUGUCUUCCAAAAAUUUCGCUACCAUGGCAAUGUGACGUAAAGUCUUCUCCUCUCUAUUAAUAGGAAAUUACGUUUGAAUUUUUUUGUCACUCUAUCAACGGUAAGAAAACAGAGGCCCAGUGGAUUGCUGAACCCUCUUGUUCUUGUCAACCAACAUGACCGCUGUAACAUUUUCUGCAAAAUCAGCCAUAGUAAUCCAAGACAGUCGUGGAACCGUGGAUUCCAGAUUCCUUUUUCCAGUCGGUGGAACUUGGAUCCCGGAUUCCAAUUGUUAGCGGGAUUCCGGACUCCUAGUGCUGAGUUCCAGAUUCCAAUGCCCGGAUUCUGGAUUCCACGCGAAAAAAAGUUCUCGGAUUUUGAAAUUUGGAAUUACUCUCCAUAGGUUGGUGGAAUUACUUAGAAGGUAUCAUUAGAGUAUUAUUUUUCUCUCAGGUUUAAUAGUAUUUGUUUGGUGAUUGAAUCAAAUUAUUUUAUAGGACAAACAACCGACUUACUCGCUAAUGAUAAUUAUAUUCUUUUCAGCAUUGUGGUCACCAUUUACGCGGUUAAGAAUCCAUCUGGUAACAACACAGAUUUAAACGAAAAGUUGUCUCGAGCAAAAGAGUAUCUGACAAAAGAUGAGAUUUUAGACGCUCUCUUAGACGAUGACGGAAAUCUUAGUCCGAACUUGACAAAUAACAAAGAGUUGGAGGUAGGAUGUAAUGCUUAG